GGUGAGAUUAGGUUAGAUUAGGUUAAGUUUACUUUAGUAAAGCACAACGUGUGUGCAAGUAUUUUGUGUGUGGAAAUGGACAAAAAAGGGAAAGAAAACGUUGGAAGAAAUAUAUCAAUUUGCUAAUAAAUUUAGAAAGAAAUGAAAUUAAACUUAUCAUAAUCAAAUAUAAAAUGUUACACAAAAGCUUUUUGCCUAUAAUAACUUCCUGCUUAUCAAGAAGGAAUAGGCACAUUGUAAAUGUAUAUUGCUCGACAUUGACCAAUGACAACUCACCUCUAUAUAAGAAAAGAGCUGUUAAUUCUAUAAAAAUAAAGGAAUUGAUUGAAGAAACAGGAUCAAAAGUGAAAAAGAAAAACAAAGUGCAGCAACAAAGUGCAGCAAUUAAACAGCCUACAUCAUGUGAUAAAGAAAUAUCAGACAUUAUUAAUUAUAUAAAGAAAGUUAAUCCAGAUGUUAUUGAUAUUAUUGAGUCAAGGAAGUGGACAUAUAAAAAAGGUGAUACAAAUAUAUUACAUCUGAUUGACAAAGAUACCGCUGCCAAAUAUGUUUCUUUGAUAAAAAAUGAUCUAUUGAAAAAUAUGUGUUACAUUGCCGAAUUGAAUCCUGGUUUUGGUGUGUUAACGAGAGAACUAUUGGAAGCUGGCGUUCCAUUAGUUCAUCUGUAUGAAGGAAAUUUAAAAUUACAUGAGGUAUUGGAAACAAUUUGUACAAAGUAUUCUGGAAAAGUGAACCUAAUCUCUUCUAAAUAUUCUAAUCUCUUUGGUAUAACAAGGGCUUAUUAUGACGAUAAAGUUAUUGAUGAGAAAUAUCAAAAUAGUUUCAAAGCAAUGGAGAGCAAAAAUUGGGAAGAUAAAACUUAUAUGCAAGUAAUAGGUGCAAAUGACAGUAAAUAUUUAAUUACAUUCAUUAUACACAGUUUACUCUUUCGCCAUGGUUUUAUGUUUUAUGGAAGGCCCAUCUUCUACAUCGCAAUACUUCCAUCCUUGUGGCAUAAAUAUAAUAUGUGUACUUUUACUAAUAAAAAAUUGUACACUUAUACAAAAGUAAUGUUCAAAUUAAUGUUUAAUUGCGAACUCUUGGGAACUUUGAAUAGAAAGGCUUUUAUACCUUGGCCCAUAAAAAAACGUCAAGCUACAUAUAAACGACGUCGUUUAUCGGCAAAACAAGAUUACGAGCAAAUGUAUGUGAUAAAACUUGAACCUAAAGCUGAUCUUUAUUCACAAUUGUCACAAAAAGAUUGGAUAACAUUUUCAUAUUUUGUAAGACAUCAUAUGCAGAAACGUAUUACCAGAGUGAUACCUGCGCUAGAAAAAUGGGUACCAGACUGUGGAAUUAGACUAAUAGCCAAAGAUUAUACAAUAUAUACACAAUUUGGAGACUUGACGCCAACACAAAUUCUAGAACUUUUUAAAGAAUUUAAAUCUUGGCCAGAAUAUACAGAGAGCCACUUUCAUUGCUCUUUUACCAUCUUAUUGUGAGCGAUCGAAUCAUCUUGGAUUAUAUAGUUGUAAACCAUGGAUUUCCUGGAAUUGCAGUAGAGUCCUCUUCUACCCGAUUUCUAUACACA